AUGUUUUGUGUGGCCUGUUUUUGUGAUAUCUGCAUAAUAUGAGACGGCGGGACGAUUACAUCGUUCAGCUUUUGCACCAAAUGUUUACGUGCACUGUGGUUUGUCAGUUUCUUGUCACAUGACGUUCCCGCAGAUGUUACCAUGCGUUUCAUUAUAGAUUCAAUUUUGUGAAUACCAACAGUUUGCCUUUUAAACAAUGGACCUGACGAUGAACCUUUAUUUUUGACAGUGGAGCUUGUUAAGUAGAAAGCACUACCUGGAGUGGAAUAAUCGCCUGGAAUUCCAAGGAUUCUAUGUAUUUCAACGUCACAACUGAUAUUGGAUAUUCUUGGAUUUUCAGGCGCAGUUGUAAAAGAUGACUGAGAUCACUGUUGCUGAUGACGGCGGGGACACUAUGAGAUGCAUCCAGCAUAAUGACCAUCUCUUUCCGGUUUUUAACAUCCAGGCAAUCACCGGGCUCACAUCAGUCAAAAUAAGAGAAGAUGAUGUCCUUAUUCUUGGAUUCCCGAAAUCAGGAAACCAUUGGCUGUGGGAAUUAACCCGCCAGGUGUUACAGGGACGUGUGGUGGAGGAUGACAGAGUGAUGAACGAGUUGCUGAUGGAGAGUGCACCGGAAGAGGAGUAUGCAGACUUACCCUCCCCCCGAAUCCUUGCGUCAAAUGCCCCUCUAACCAAACUGUCACCGGAGGUGAUCCAAAAGAAGCCGAAAAUUAUCACCGUAUUCCGGAACCCGAAGGAUGUUACUGCAUCCUUUUACUCCUUCGCCCUGAAGCUGCCUUUUUGCAAAUACACGGGGAAGUGGGAGAACUUCGUGAAGCCGUGUGUGCAAGGAAGAUUUUACCAUGGUUCUUGGAUGGACCAUGUUUUAUCAUGGCAGAAGCUAAGGGACACCUAUCCAGAGUGGCCGAUUUUGACAGUGUUUUAUGAAGAUUUAAAAGAGGAUCCUAUGGAACAGUUGAGGAGACUGUGCAGCUUCCUGGGCGUCAAGAGGAGUGAGGAGUUCCUGAAGGCGGUGGUCAACAUCUGCAGCUUUGACAAGAUGAAAGAUAUCAAGUCACACCGUGCGGUGUUCAGAAAAGGCGAGGUGGGUGACUGGAAGAACUGGUUCACUGUGGCCCAGAAUGAGUGGUUUGAUCAGCUCUACCAGGAGAAGAUGACGGAUUGUCAGCUACAGUUUAGAUGUACAUUGUAGCUUCACAGAGAAUCAACAUUAGCCGUGUGUCCUUUUUACAAAUUAGUUCUAGUGUUACGACAAUUGUGAAUUGUUCUUGUGUUGUUGUUUUGUUGUUGUUGUUUUUCAAGCAGUUUUUUGUUCUAUUUCAAUAGUAUACAGAGAAUAUAUUAAGGAAGUUAUGGCAUAACAGCAUGUUGGUUGGUUUGUUUUACCGCACUCAGCAAUAAUCCAGCUAUAUGGCGGCGGUCUGUAAAUAAUCGAGUCUGGACCAGACAAUCCAGUGAUUAAUAUCAUUAGCAUCGAUCCAUGCAAUUG